AUGAUCGUUUACGAACCGCUGGUGAAGAACCUUUCGCAUUUCCAAAGCUUGAAGAAACUCAUCGAUGCUGACCUUUCUGAGCCGUAUUCCGUUUACGUCUACCGAUAUUUUUUGAACCGAUGGCCUGAACUGACCUUUCUGGCGUUUGAUAGCGACAGCCAAACGUGUGAUGAGCCCAUUGGGUGUGUGAUAUGUAAGAGCGAACUUCACCGCGGUCGCCGAAUGAGAGGUUAUAUUGGUAUGCUUGCGGUCCAAAGCGAUUACCGUGGUCGUGGCAUCGCAAAGACUUUGGUCAAGAAAGCUAUUGAGAAAAUGCAACGAGAUGGGUGCGAUGAGAUCAUGCUGGAAACGGAAGUGGAAAAUGUAGCGGCUUUGAACCUUUACGAGAAUAUGGGAUUCAUUAGAAUGAAGCGAAUGUUCAGAUAUUACUUGAACGAGGGCGAUGCUUUCAAGCUUAUUCUACCUCUGACUCAACGGAGUUGUAUAAGAUCGACGUUCUUAGAUGACGUGAAUGGCGGUGAUCUCUUGUAA